UUACCAGCAUAAAUUGUCAAAUGUCCGGCAGCGGACUAACCUUAAAUCUGCGGGGAAAGAUUGUUCAACAAUGGUUGCUGAGAGUAAUAAAGGUUCAGAAGGUCGCACUGCGAGUGAGGAAAAUGUGACCAAUACACCAGACGACGGUAAAGCCUGGGGCUAUGAUCUCUACCCGGAACGUCGCGGAACUACCUUUAAGCCAAAGUGGGGUCGCGUUCUCCUUGGCCUCGAAGGCAAGGAAAAUCUGGACAAGCUGAAGUGCGAACGCAAUGUUUAUUGGUGCAUCAAAAACAGUCCCCUCGUAAAACUGAUGAUGGGAGCUUUGAAGAGUUCCGGCUGCCCAAUUGACAUCCGUCGACAUAUUUCCUGCGAAGUUUGUGAAAAUACAGUGACUGGCGGGUAUGACCCAAUCACAAAUCAAAUCGUUGUCUGCCAGAAUAUGGCACGGAAGGAGGGAAUGGUACAAGGCGUUCUCACUCAUGAAAUGAUCCACAUGUUCGACUAUUGCAACAACGAUCUGGAUUUCAAAAAUAUUGACCAUUUGGCUUGCACCGAGAUAAGGGCGGCGAACCUUGCGCAUUGCUCAUUCUUGAGCGCUUGGUUCCAAGGCGAUGCAUCGUUCUUCAAUAUCAAGGAAGCUCAUCAGAAUUGCGUUAAAACAAAGGCACUGGAAUCGGUUCUUGCUGUUAGGAAAGUAACUCGAGAUGAAGCCAUUGAUGCAGUGGAAAGAGUAUUCCCGAAGUGCUAUGCUGACUUGGAGCCAAUAGGACGAAGAAUACGCAGAAAUUCCCCUGAUCAGCACAAAGCCUAUUUGGAGGGUCCUUUGUAUGGUUACGACAUAUAGCAAUAAUCGGAAAGAUUGGAAAAAACGUGUUUUUA